ACUUGCACCACCUUCUUCUUCUUCUCUCUCCCUCACACGCUUCACACUCCUCUCGCUGUUCUUCUCUCCUCCUCCUGUGGCUGGCUGCUUGCUCUACUGCAAUUAUUUAUUGCCACCUCCAAUUCUUAGUACUGCGAGAUUAAUUACUCAUUCCUCCCCGCAGUGCCAUGUUCUUGAGUUUCUUUCGGUUUUUUUAAUCCAUUUUGCAACACUCUCUGUCCUGCAGCCAGAGCUGCAUUUGCUGGGGAUUUAUACUAGUAGGCGGCUUCAGCUUUACUCUCUCCCCUUUCUGCUUCUGCUGCUUCUCCCUUUCCCUCUCAACUUCUCAAGUGGCAGUGGUGGGAGGGUAGCAUCUGGCCCAAGCAAAGCGCCGGGUUCUUGGCUCUGCUCGCUUUUUUUCGUGGUAAAUCUGUGUGCAAGAUCUGGGGUACAAAAGGAGGGGACAGCAGCACAAGGGAGGAGGAGGAGUUCUUGCGUUGGGAUUCUCUCUUCGGCAAUGAGGCCCGACGCGAGGCUGGAUGCGGCCGUGUUCCAGCUCACCCCGACCCGGACCAGGUUCGAUUUGGUGGUGAUAGUGAAUGGCCGGAAGGAGAAGAUAGCCUCUGGCCUGCUAAACCCGUUCCUGGCACACCUGAAGGUCGCCCAGGAUCAGAUUGCAAAGGGAGGAUACUCAAUUACGCUUGAGCCGAGCUCAGGGGUUGGCGCGCCAUGGUUUACAAGAGGCACCGUGGAGAGAUUCGUGCGCUUCGUGAGUACUCCGGAGGUGCUUGAGCGAGUGACGACGAUAGAAUCCGAGAUCUUGCAGCUCGAGGACGCCAUCUCUAUUCAGAGCAACGAUAAUCUUGGGCUAAGAUCUGUAGAAGAUCAUGGAGGAAAAUUGACUGAAAGCAACGAAGGUACACGAGCGAAUCACAGCCCUGAUGCAGAUAAGGCUAUUGUUAUAUACCAGCCUGGAUCACAGCCUACACCAGCAGUGCAUGAUGAGACUACAACACAUGAAGAGAAUUCAAAAGUCCAACUGCUGAGAGUGCUUGAAACCCGAAAAAAUGUCUUAAGGAAAGAGCAGGCUAUGGCUUUUGCACGUGCUGUGGCAGCUGGGUUUGACAUCGACAAUCUGGGUUACUUGAUUGCGUUUGCAGAGCGCUUUGGUGCUUCACGUUUGAUGAGGGCAUGUUCGCAGUUCAUCGAACUGUGGAAGCGAAAGCAUGAAACUGGACAAUGGAUUGAAGUUGAACCAGAAGCAAUGUCUACACACUCUGAAUUUCCUCCUUUUAAUCCAUCGGGUAUUGUUUUUGUUGGAGACAACAUGAAGCAAAACACGGAAACUAUGUCUGUUUCCAAUGGAGAGGCAAAUGGCGAGGAUGCUUCUAAAGCUGAGCAUAAGUCUGGUCAACAGAUGGGGUAUCAGGCUGCAUAUCCUCCAUGGGCAAUGCAUCCUCCACCUUACCAUAUGCAAGGAAUGCCUUACUAUCCUGGGCCGUACUACCCUCCAUAUCCUCCAGUGGAUGACCCCAGGUAUCACUACUCGGGAAGGAAAUCAUCGAGGAAGCACUCUUCAGACAGUAAAGAGUCAGAAGUACUUGACGAAGGAAGUGAUGGUAGCAGUUCUGAAAGAGGGAGUUCUCAUGGUCACAAGUCACAUAAAAAGGGUAAGCGAUCAGGGAAAAAGAAACCUAGUGUAGUUGUCAUAAAAAAUGUAAAUGUAACAUCCAAAAAGCAUGGCUCGUCGGAAAGUGAGUCGCAGUCAAGUUCUGAAGAUGGGUCUCAAGACAGUGAUGACACACACUACAAAAAGAGACAUGGGAAGCAUAAGAGCUCAGGUUCAAAGAAAAAGGAGGGUGCAAAAACUAACUUUGACUCUGGAGACGACUAUAAUAACAAGGAUGAAUCAUCUUAUGGGCAAGAUGCUGACCAAGGGAACUGGAAUGCAUUCCAGAGUUUCCUGAUGAGAGCAGAAGAAAAAACAAGAUCUAAUGAUGCAGAUAUGUUUUCUGGUGAAAAAGCACCUCCAUCAAGGAAAAAGAACAAUGUAAACACUGCUGAUCCUAUUCUUUUGGCUGGGGGAGAUUCUGGUGAUGUAUAUGAACAGAGAGGAGCAGGCUUUGAUCCAGUCAAUGGGAGGAGUAGAGCUAUUCGGCUGCAAUCCAAUGAUGAACUGAUGAUGUCUGGGGAAGGGGGAAGAUAUAUGGAUGGUGAAAUUAAGGAGAUAGAAGCUGGUGGUGGAAGAUACAGGAGAGGGACAAGUGAGGACUUCAUGCUCUAUGGCCAGGAAAGGUCCAUGGAUAGGAGGAGUGCUUUGGAUCCUCUUGCAGAGGCCCGGUACAGGAAUCCUAAUCAGGUGGACAAGAAUGGAUAUGCCGCGGCUGAUGAGUCCUUUAUAAUUCCUCUUAGAUCUGGUUCACAAGAUAAUGUUGGGCCGGAAUACCGAGCCACGAUUGACAUUGAUGUUGAGCUUCCUACAAACACUAAGAAAACUUCAGAUGGGAAGGCUGGAACUCAACUCUUCUAUGAGCCGGAUGAAUUGAUGCCAGAGCGUGGAUCUGAAGAUGCUUCAUUUGGAUAUGAUCCGGCAAUGGAUUACGAAAGCAACAUGAUGGUCAGAGCCGUCAAGGUUGAAGACAGUAAUGACGAGGAUGUCUCACAUAGUAAUGAUGGCGAUGUAAAGAAACCAGAGAAGGAGAAGAUAAGGGGUACAAAGGAUGGUUCGGAUAAAAGAAAGAAGGAUGCAAUACUCAGGAGGCUCUCUGCUCCAAAGACCCCACUCAAUGAUGCACAGAAACGUGCACAGAACAUGCGAGCAUAUAAAGCUGAUCUCCAGAAACUGAAGAAAGAGCAGGAGGAAGAACAAAUGAAGCGACUGGAGAGGCUUAAACUAGAGAGGCAAAAGAGAAUAGCCGCAAGAAGUAAUGGGAAGAGUGAUCCUCCUAAAGCAAGCAGAGAGCAUGCCAAUGGACUAAGUAUAUCAGUUCCAUCUCUAACUGGUCUGAAGAAAGAAAAGAGUGGAUCGACCGAAUCAUUCAGCGAGCGACUGAAGAGGCUGGCUGAACCCAAGAGCAUCGGUGGUGCUGACCAUCUUUCAAAUCCAAAGUCAGUUACCACAGACCACUCAAGGAGAAGAAGCAUGGUAUGAGCUCAUCUGAUAUCGGCAGCGAAAAAUUCCGAGUAUUUAUCAUGUAAUUUCACAACCCAGAAAAACAGGACGAAAAUAACAGCCAGAUCUCCAAAAGCUGUACAGGGAAAAAGUUUGGUGUUGAUUAUUAAGUGGUGGUGCCUUGCAUCUGAGAUUGCGGAUGAGAAAUUUGAGAAUUAUUACAAUGGGUCUGGCAUUUUAAUUUUUCGGUUUCAUAUAUUGUAUUCAUUCUUUUGAUUGAAGGUGGCUUGUAAUAGCUGUAAACCUGUUUUUGUUCAUGGCACAUACUACUAUAUUGUGGAUGUAUUUAGUGGAGAAAUCGAUCAGUGUGUUUGGGUGAA